CUCUUUUCUCAGCUGCUUAAUAACACCAACACACGCCGGCUAUUUUCUGCCUCUUUUUUUUUUCUACUCGCAUAUCUUUUUCAUUUCUAAAACAUGCCUGCUCCAUACUCUACAGCCAAAAACCCUUACUAUGGCAAAUUCGCCACCACAUCCAGACUCGUCGCGUGCUUGGUUUCAGAAGGUCUGGUGAAUGCUUAUUACUGCCCACAAGAACCACAACAACAACAGCAGCAAGGACAGGAUGGCACGAUAACUGGCUUGUGCAUGUUGAUGCGUAUCCGCGGUUCGGCCGAUAAAAUCAAAUUAUCGUCUGCCCGAGUCUCUUCAUUGGAUAACAACGUCUUGACCGUCAUUCCUUUGCGCGGCGUUCCGGAACUCGACAUGGGAAAGAAGACUACAGUGAACGGUGUACAAUGCUACAAGAUUGGUCUGGUGGACCCGUGGGAUAUGCUGCCCCAUAUCUACUCUCCUCAAGCUUAUGUGAACAAUACCUUCCCUAACACUUUGGCCGAUUCGGAAACCAUCUAUCGUCAAGUGAUCCAGAACCUUACCAAGCUGGGCUUCCGGGAUGCUGCUUUGGCUGAUGGUUAUGAUGCGGUCCAGCUUUGGCAACAGUUUGCCCAUGACUUUGGUGUGACCGAUAAGCUCACGGAUCUCAUCGCAUCGGAAUUGGCAAGCUCUAUGAUUCAUCAAACUUACACAUACGACUAUCCGAAACCCCUGCCAACUCUCGAAUCUUCUUCCAUCCAGUGGGAACAAUCGAUUGUUGAAGGCCACGCCACACAUCCUAUGCAUAAGGCACGUCGCAGCUAUCCGCCAUUGCCACCAUUGAACCCUGGUCAAGUCAAUCUUGAAACACCCAAGCUCCGCUUGCUGUCUAUUCCCCGCUCAUCAAUGCAACUUCGCGGAGAAUUUGAGACUUUGGCUGCUCCGUUGGUCGAUGCGAUAUUGGAAAAGACGGGCAACGCACGGGAAUUGCGCGCAAAGCACGCUGACCACGUGCUGAUGCCUGUUCACGAAUUUCAAAUCCCCAAUGUUCUCGAGCGAUUCAAGGACGCGUCUGUACUACCCGAGGCGAACAAUGUGACCGCGCACAGCCUGACUUCCAUCCGCUCGGUCGCCAUCCCAGACGUUCUCAAGGAUCUCACCGUCAAGCUGUGCGUUGGCAUCAAGGUUUCCUCCGCCCUGCGCACCAUCACCCCGUACACCACCUACUUUGGCCCUGGUUUUUCUGCCAACGUUGUCCCCCGACUCUCCUACGACCGCAAAGUGUUGACCAUCGAGCGCGAAUUAGCCAGUGCAGUCUACAGCCAUCCAGAUACUGACGUUGCCAAGCACUGCAGCUGUGUGUUGCGUGAAGCCAUCGAAUACCCAUCCAACCCUACCCCUAACGACGACGUUAUCAUUGUGGCUGCUGCUUUGGUCGAAAAGAUCCAAAAACCGGAUACCCAGGAGACCUUGGCAACGCAUGUAUGGAACUUGGAUACCGAGGAGAAGCGCAUAGCAUUUUUGGAUCGUUACAUUCAGCUUGCUCUUAAGGCAUUUAUUCCGCCAGCUUUGGAGAAUGGUGUGGCUUUUGAAGCCCAUGGUCAGAACACCAUGUGUCGAUUUGACCGACGUACCGGCGAGCUCAAGGGCUUUGUCAUCCGCGACUUUGGUGGCGUCAAGGCGCAUAACCCAACGCUCAAAAAGUCAUGUGGUGUUGAAUUGGAUGUCCUUCCCGACAGCUGUGUUGUUGCACAUUCCAUGGACGAAGUAUACAAGCUGCUCUACCACACUCUCUUUCAUUCACAGUUCCAGCGUCUGAUCCGUGUAUUGGGUAUGCAUCACAAUGGCCGUGGCUGGGAAAUGGUCCGAACGCACCUUGCCGAGUUGAUUCCUCGCGAUCAUCCAAUGUAUCAGUUCUUUAUGGUGCAAGAGAAGGUCCCUGGCAAAUGUUUGAUCAGAAUGAAGAUUGAGGAGCUGUACCGCGACUAUAUUUACAGCCCCGUGCCAAACAUGAUCCUCAGCCGUCCUCAAGAACUUGUACAGUAAACGAAAUAACAUCCCCUCCCCAUCUCCAUAUUUCUAUCAUAUUAUCAUAUUAUUCUCUCAUUUAACUCUACAUACAACUCAUUACCUUUCUACUUUUAUCCUGUGUCCUUCGCUCUUAAAUUUCCCCUUCUCUAUACAUAUUUUAUUUAGUUCUAGCAUCUUUUCAGCUAAUGUUCCUUCUUGUUCAUAUGAAUGUACACUACAACAAGAGCAUCUAUAUUUUAAAUUUGAACAUUGCUGUUUGAUGACUUUGUAAGCCGUGUAUAUGGGGUAUAUGGCUUUUUCUGUAACUGAAAGGAAAUACUAUGAAUUUUAAC